AUGGUGAGUGAAACGAACUCAAAUUUCUCGCGGUCGUUCAAUCUGAACAAAACAAAACAACAGACCGAUCCGGGCAACAUGAUCGUCGAGUCGACGGAGGAUCUGCGCCAGUUUAGCGUGUUCAUAUUCAAGAAACAGUCGAACCUGGACCAGAAGAAGAACAAAAGGGACACGGUUGUUGACGCUCUUUUCAAAAAAGCGCUGAGAGAAUUCCACAUGGAGCUCAUCGGCUACGAAGCAGUGCUCAGCGAAGAACGUGCUGUGCUGAAAUACCGCGAUUUGAUCACAACCUUCGAAGGAGUGCUCACAAAGGUAUGCAAGGAGGAGAAGGUGUCUUUCCCAACGACGUUGGGCGUAAAUGCUUUCAGAGGUUUUUUGAAUGAGUUCAUGCAAAAUCAGAAGAAGAAAGGUUCAAAGCAGAAGUCGGGUAUUAUCAAGGUACGGUUUCGCGACGUUCGAGCCAGAAAUCUUCCGUCUGAUCAACAAUUGUCGCUUUAUCACGAUCGAUAA